AUGAAUAUAGAUAAAAAUGCAAAAUGGUAUAAGUACUCGAAAGCCACCCUCUCGUUUCUUCUAAGCCAAUGGUUCAUUAUAAUAUUGGCAUGCUUCAUUGCCUUGGCUCAUUCGUACCCUAAUUUCGCUAAACAAGGUGGUACAAUAAGGGCAGAGUACACCAUUAACUAUGGUGCAGUAGCCGUGAUCUUCUUGAUCUCGGGAAUACAAAUGCCCACCAGAGACUUGGGUAAAAACAUGCUCCAUUUCAGAGCUCAUUUCACCGUGUUGUCAUUAUCGUUCCUUAUUACGAGUUCUAUCGUUUAUGGUAUAGUAACUGGGAUUAAAGCAGCUAACAAUGGAGAGAUCGAUGAGUGGAUCCUUGUGGGGUUGAUUGUUACUCAUUCGUGUCCUACCACGAUUGCUUCAAACGUUGUUAUGACGAAAAAGGCACACGGUAACGAUAUAUUGACAUUGUGUGAAGUUUUCAUUGGCAAUGUUUUGGGAGCUUUUGUUACGCCUGCGUUGAUUCAAAUGUAUACCAGAGGCACCUGGAAUUUCGGUAACCCUACCCACCAGACUGGAGACGACAACUCAAUAGGUGAUUUAUAUCGAGAUGUCAUGAAACAGGUUGGUUUAGCCGUUUUCGUUCCCCUAUUUGUAGGUCAGGUUGCUCAGAAUGUAAUUCCCAAGGUCACCAAAUGGUGCAUUGCCAAUCUCUACCUUGCUAAAGUCGGAUCGCUUAUGUUGAUUUUCAAUAUGUGGCAAGCAUUCUCCACUGCUUUCGCUCAAAAUGCAUUCAACAGCGUUCCUCCUGCUUCGAUUAUACUUGUGGUAUUCUUCAAUAUUGGAAUUUACCUUUUUUUCACAUGCUUAAGUUAUUUUUAUUCAAGGCCAUUAUUUAUUUAUGAGUACUUCUCCGAAGAACCUAAUGAAUCGAGUUCCAAGCUUUACAAAUGGAGUUAUCAAUUUUUUAAACCAUUUUAUUACAAUAGAAAGGAUACAGUAGCUGUGAUGCUCUGUGGGCCAGCAAAGACAGCUGCAUUGGGAGUAUCAUUGGUUUCGUCCCAAUAUGGAUCACACAAUGAAAAUUUGGGUAAAUUACUUGUGCCUUUAGUGUUGUAUCAAGCUGAGCAAGUUGUCACAGCGCAAGUUUUGGUGAAUUUCAUGAGAAAAUGGAUUGAGCUGGAACAUGCGGUGACAACAGAUGAAGAAAGUAAACUUGAACCAGCUGAUGAAGAGAGUGGAGACGGUGAUGAGAGGAGCGAUGAUAAGGGGAAUGUAAAUGAUAAGCCAGAUCUCGAAGGUAAGGAAGCUGUCGAAAGUAGGCAAGAUAGCAGAGAGAAGCUAGAAGGUAGCACAGGAGAAGGUACCAGCGCUGCCAGCAAGAUAUGA